AUGACUAUUCGUCUGAGUACCCAUGGAUGGUGUGUGCUGAUUAUAAGCAUUUUGGUUAUCUUUUUGUACUAUCUGUCGUCAUUUAAUCCUAUCGGACAUCUUAAAGGGGAAGUUACCAGUGUUCGAAGAUUGUUAACUCGCUGCAUACAUCUUUCCGAAGAAGCUGGUGGUCUUAUAAAAUUUAUAAGUCUGAAGCAUAACCUUAAUUCACGUACCAAACACGGGGGUAUUUUGAAGCAAGAGCCUUUGACGGAUGCUGACCUGGGAUCUCAUCAAAUAAUCGUGUCGGGUUUGGCCUCGGCCUUUCCAGAGCUACUAGUUCGCUCCGAGGAGCAUGAAUUACCAACACACCGUCUGCUUGAUUAUAAAGAAAGUGUUUAUCAUUCGGAUUUUCAAAGUUCUCUUCCUAAUGAUGAUCUCUUUGUGCCUAUUACAGAUUUGGUUAUAUGGGUAGAUCCUUUAGACGGAACUCAAGAAUAUACAGAAGGUUUAAAUGAAUAUGUUAGCGUCAUGAUAUGUAUUGUACUUCAUGAUCACCCAAUAGCUGGUAUUAUUCAUCAACCGUUUCUUAAUAAAACAUACUGGGGUUGGGGUUCAUAUGCAUUAUCAUCUGAUUUACGAAUGGCCAUAAAUUCUCGUCCUGUUCAUUCGUUAAAAAACGAUUUGUCAAUUACUUAUUCACGUUCACAUUUAAACGAAUCACUCCUAAAAGAUUUGACCAAAUUUGUAUAUCCGAAACCGGUUCAUUUUAUACCAGCAGGUGGUGCGGGUCCUUCAUCUCAAUAUUAUGAGCAUAAUCACCAAAUCAACUAUCUUUCCAGUGAAAAUUCAAACAAUCCUGUUUCACAUUGUAAGUCUUAUGAUGAACAGUAUUGCAAUGUAGGGAGUGGUCAUACUGGUCAAAUUACACGCUAUCAAAAGAGAUGGACUCAAAAUGAUCAAGGCAAUAACGAAUACGGUUCUCAUGCUUCAGAAGUUUAUGAUUAUCAUCAUUCUUACUCUCUUGAAAGGUCAUUUAACUCGUCAGCUGCUAGACCAACUAAUCCUUAUAACCAACCCUAUCCACGUUUUAGCCAGAAUAAUCGUAACAUGUGGCCUAGAAAUCCCGAGUCUUUCCAACCCGUAGAUGGCUUCCCUCCACCUGCGCAAUUCGACGAUAUGCAACUUCACCGUCCAAGUUAUCAAUAUCAAGAGGAGCCUAAAUAUAUUCCUCUCAGUGAAGAUACACCGGUGAUUGAAAGUAAACAAUUCCGUGGAUGUCAUGAUCACGACUACCGCAUUACAAUACAAAGUCCUACAGUUCCGUCUGGUAGUAUGGAAGAAAAUUGGAAAGAUGUAGACACUCGUCCUAUUCUGCCUAGCGACAGUGAUCACACAAGCCCGGCAAUAUUUCCGUCGGCUAUUGCAAAUAAAGCCCUAGCUGAUCCCAGACCAAUUUCACUUAUCCCAACGCCCAUUAUUGAAUCUUCGUGUAAGCCCAGGGGUCGUAUCACACAUCUGCCUGUUCCGGAACAUCUAAUGACAGCUUUCGAGGAAGCUGCUGCAAGCACUGGAGUUUGGCCUCCAAAGGGUUUAGAACCAGAACAAACCGGAGGUGGUAAUACCAAACCUCGUGCUCUCCCCGCUUGGCUUCGUGAUGAAUUAGAAAAAUUGGAAAAGAAAAAAGCUAAAGAAUUGGCUGCUGUAUCUGGAGCUACUGUUUUAGGGGCUGCUCCUGAUGCUAAAAGGGAUGAUGAAGGUGAUAUCGUUAUGGAGGAUGAAGCUAAAACUGAUGUCCAAACAAUAAAAUCUCUAUUGAACAAUAAUGAAGAAUCAGACGGUGAUGUCAAGGAACAGGAAAGUCCUUUUGAUAUUUCAAGUAAUCCUGUUGGUGACCUCCAGUCCCCGUUUUCAUCUCGAAGUCAACCUCCUACGGAAUUAGAGGAAAUCUCAAACCCUGAAACUGCGGUAAAACAACUAACUACAGAUAAUUCUCAAAGUAUUUUACCCAACAUUCCUGCAUCAUUAACGCCUACACAUCUGCUAUCCCUUCAAGAAUUUCGUGAGUUGUUCACAUCAUUAUCGGACGAAGAACAAAGGACUGAAACGGCUCGUUUUAUUACCCGCACGCUGACGGAGGCUCUGCUGGCUGUUACGACCGAACUUAUUGACGGCAUAGUAGAAGAAGUAAUGACAGAAGCGGUUUCAGGGAAAUCGCAUGUUCUACCAUCAGAAGACUCUCCAUCUGUCGAGAUAAAAUCCCCAAUUCUAGGUUUGGUCUCUUAUAAUAGUGAAAGUGAGUCAGAAUCUGAGCAAAACGUGUUGGAAAGUAAACUACCCACAAAUAAGUUAUCAGGUAUACUACCAGGUGAUGUUCCUGAUGAUAUAAAACAUGACUAUACAUCACAGAAUAGUCCUAGUAAUGAAAAUAAUAAAAUUGUCACUGGAAAUGGGAAAUUUCAAGCUGUACAAGAAAAUUAUCAUGAAAAGCAUUCUUAUUCCUCCAGCACUCAUCAGAAAUCUUCUAAACGCUAUAAAAAUGAAAAAGAAACGGAUAUGGCCGUCACAAUUUCUCGUUCGCGUUCCAAACAUUCACAUAAAAGGAGAACAAAUUCACGGCAUUCGCAUCGCAGUCGUAAAAGAGAUUCUCGUGGUUCGUCAACAGCUUCUUCAGAAUCUUCAAGUUCUAAUCAUGGGAACCAAAAAGUAGGAUUCUCUCGAUUCAGUCGAUCCUCAGCGGACCACAUUAAAAGUGUUCGGUCACCAAGACAUUAUUUUGCCAAGUCCAGUCAUUCGAAACAUUCUCAUCAUAAAAUGUUAACCUGUCUUCGGUUUGCACUUAUAAUCCUUAGUUCACAAGUGAGAUUUCAGACAGGUAAUUUUAUCAUUUGGUAUGGAAAUAUUCGGUUUCCCAACAACACAACUGUUCAUAUGAUCUUAAUUUCUUUUUCAUAUAAAUAUGUGUACAAAGUACCAAUCAUUUGUCUACUUAAAAAUAAUCUACUACCAGUCUCCGUCUUAUUCUUUGUCUUAUUGAUUGUGCUAGCUUCAGCCGUAAUGUAUAUAUGUGAUUAAUAUCGCUUUUCGAGUACUAGUUAGCUUUGAAAGUGUACAAAUUCAAUUCACCUGUUAUUCACACAGACCGUCUAUGGAGCGUAAUGUAUAAUCAUAUUUGAUAAUUAUUGACGAUUCAUCAAUUUCCAGAAUUCGGUCAUAGGCUCGUAUAUUAAGUUGUUGCUGAUUAAGUCCUUGGAAUUGCGGUUCAGCUCCC